GAAGCGGAUGAAAACAAACAGUAAUGAUGGCGGCGCCGGGAAGCGACCGGCUGCUGGGCUGAAGGCAGGAGUGAUCACUUGAGCUGUGUGGGAAGCCCUGAAGAGCGCCUGUAGACGUGAGGGUGACUGUUGACUAGUGAAAAAAGGGACCCAAGGUUCACGACUCUCUUACUGGCAGUGGAAUGACCUGUGGAAACCUGCGAUCCAUUCUCAUUAAGUAAAUCUCUGGAUUCUUAUAGGCAAUGGAAACUGAUCUCAAUUCCCAGGACAGAAAGGACCUGGACAAAUUCAUUAAGUUUUUUGCCCUCAAGACUGUCUAAGUGAUUGUCCAGGCUCGACUGGGCGAGAAGAUUUGUACUCGUUCAUCUUCUUCCCCAACGGGUUCAGACUGGUUCAAUUUAGCAAUCAAAGACAUCCCAGAGGUUACACAUGAAGCAAAGAAGGCGCUGGCAGGGCAGCUGCCUGCCAUCGGGAGGUCUAUGUGUGUGGAGAUCUCACUCAAGACUUCUGAGGGAGAUUCCAUGGAGCUAGAAAUCUGGUGUCUGGAAAUGAAUGAAAAGUGUGAUAAAGAAAUCAAAGUUUCCUAUGCCGUGUACAACAGACUGCCGUUGCUACUGAAGUCUCUCCUUGCUAUAACUAGGGUGACACCAGCUUACAGACUCUCCAGGAAACAAGGGCAUGAAUAUGUCAUAUUGUAUAGAAUAUAUUUUGGGGAAGUUCAGCUGAAUGGCUUAGGAGAAGGUUUCCAGACAGUUCGUAUUGGGACAGUGGGUACCCCUGUGGGCACCAUCACUCUUUCUUGUGCUUACAGAAUUAACUUGGCAUUCAUGUCCACCAGGCACUUUGAGAGGACCCCACCUAUCAUGGGGAUUAUUAUUGAUCACUUUGUGGACCGUCCCUAUCCCAGCUCCUCACCCAUGCAUCCCUGCAAUUACGGAACCGCUGGUGAGGACAUUGGAGUAACAUAUCCUUCUGUGGAAGAUUCUCAAGAAGUGUGUACCACCUCUUUUUCCACCUCCCCUCCAUCCCAGCUCAUGGUUUCCGGGAAGGAAGGUGGGGUACCCCUUCCUCCCAACCAGCCUGCCCAUGGUGCCCAGGCUGGUGACCAGGAGAGACUGGCAACCUACACCCCUUCUGAUGGGGCCCACUGUGCUGCCACCCCUUCCAGCAGUGAGGAUACUGAAGCUGUGUCAAACAGCAGUGAGGGACGGGCCUCCCCCCAUGAUGUCUUGGAGACCAUCUUUGUCCGGAAAGUGGGGGCUUUUGUCAACAAACCCAUCAACCAGGUGACCCUGACCAGUUUGGACAUACCCUUUGCCAUGUUUGCUCCCAAGAAUUUGGAGCUGGAGGAUGUGGAUCCCAUGGUGAAUCCUCCAGAUUCCCCAGAGACUACAUCUCCUCUUCAGGGCAGCCUGCACUCUGAUGGCUCCAGUGGGGGCAGCAGUGGCAAUACCCAGGACGACUUUGUCAUGAUCGACUUCAAACCAGCUUUUUCUAAAGACGACAUUCUUCCGAUGGACUUGGGGACCUUCUAUCGUGAAUUUCAGAACCCCCCUCAGCUGAGCAGCCUCUCCAUAGAUAUCGGGGCACAGUCCAUGGCUGAGGACUUGGACUCACUACCAGAGAAGCUGGCUGUGCACGAGAAGAAUGUCCGAGAAUUUGAUGCCUUUGUAGAAACCCUGCAGUGGCCCUCUGCUUAUACCGCCCUCAGCAGCUGCUUCACAAAGGCUUUCAUCCCUCUCCUCCUGCCGGCCCCCUGCCCCGGGUUUGCCCAGCAGCUGGCCCCUCGCCUGCCUGCCGUUGCCAUCCACCAUUCGACCUUCCAGCUGGUGGCCCAGAGACUGGCAGCAGCCUUUCUUCAGGACCCCAUCAGUGAGAGGCCAGGGAGGCUGAGCCCUGACUUUGAGCUGAGCCUGGGAGGAGCAGAGCAACUGUCAAGGCCGGCCCUUGUCCCUCAGCCCUGUACAGUGAAAGGUAUGAGCCCUAGACGGACCUGCACAGCACCCCCGGGACAGGGCUGGGACCAGUCGUGUCUCCAGCUUUGGCCGGGUACCCCUGUGGGCACCAUCACUCUUUCUUGUGCUUACAGAAUUAACUUGGCAUUCAUGUCCACCAGGCACUUUGAGAGGACCCCACCUAUCAUGGGGAUUAUUAUUGAUCACUUUGUGGACCGUCCCUAUCCCAGCUCCUCACCCAUGCAUCCCUGCAAUUACGGAACCGCUGGUGAGGACAUUGGAGUAACAUAUCCUUCUGUGGAAGAUUCUCAAGAAGUGUGUACCACCUCUUUUUCCACCUCCCCUCCAUCCCAGCUCAUGGUUUCCGGGAAGGAAGGUGGGGUACCCCUUCCUCCCAACCAGCCUGCCCAUGGUGCCCAGGCUGGUGACCAGGAGAGACUGGCAACCUACACCCCUUCUGAUGGGGCCCACUGUGCUGCCACCCCUUCCAGCAGUGAGGAUACUGAAGCUGUGUCAAACAGCAGUGAGGGACGGGCCUCCCCCCAUGAUGUCUUGGAGACCAUCUUUGUCCGGAAAGUGGGGGCUUUUGUCAACAAACCCAUCAACCAGGUGACCCUGACCAGUUUGGACAUACCCUUUGCCAUGUUUGCUCCCAAGAAUUUGGAGCUGGAGGAUGUGGAUCCCAUGGUGAAUCCUCCAGAUUCCCCAGAGACUACAUCUCCUCUUCAGGGCAGCCUGCACUCUGAUGGCUCCAGUGGGGGCAGCAGUGGCAAUACCCAGGACGACUUUGUCAUGAUCGACUUCAAACCAGCUUUUUCUAAAGACGACAUUCUUCCGAUGGACUUGGGGACCUUCUAUCGUGAAUUUCAGAACCCCCCUCAGCUGAGCAGCCUCUCCAUAGAUAUCGGGGCACAGUCCAUGGCUGAGGACUUGGACUCACUACCAGAGAAGCUGGCUGUGCACGAGAAGAAUGUCCGAGAAUUUGAUGCCUUUGUAGAAACCCUGCAGUAAAAGUUGGUGUCCUCGAGUACCAGCAGCAUCCCCUUUUUGUGGUCCCAGGAGACAGAGAGCCUCCCACUCUUCAGCUGCUCCCAUCCCUUGUCCCGCUUCAAGCCAGGUGGAGGGGAGGCUGGUUCCCCCACGGGGACCCGGAAGUCCCUGCUCUUGCACUCCUGGAGACUCACGGCAGCAGUGAAGGCCAGUGAUAGCAUUUGAGAGGACUCACCCUCUGACCUCCCUCUGCAGGGCCCUCUGCUUAUACCGCCCUCAGCAGCUGCUUCACAAAGGCUUUCAUCCCUCUCCUCCUGCCGGCCCCCUGCCCCGGGUUUGCCCAGCAGCUGGCCCCUCGCCUGCCUGCCGUUGCCAUCCACCAUUCGACCUUCCAGCUGGUGGCCCAGAGACUGGUAUGGAGGCAGAAAGAGAAAGGAGACAGUGCUAGGAGGAGGAAGGAAGGAAGCUCUCCUUCAGGGUCUUUCUCCUUUAGUUCUGGUAUCUUCUUCCUCUCUCUCUCUCCCCUCUCUCUGCCCUGUGCCUGUAUUUUUGGCAGUAUGGCAGGCUUCCUGCCCAAGGUGAUGAGAACCCUAAAGUCAGCCAUUCCCACCCUUGAAGGCUGUGCCAGCCCAUCCGAGCAGCCCUGGCGGCUGCCUGUGCUCAGCUACAUGGAAACAGAAGCCUCCCUCUCUAGGAUUCUGUCAUUGGAGUAUCACAGCAAAGGUUCUUCUCUUUCCUCUCCCUUCCCCUGUCAUUGCUCCUUGGUUAUAGAACCCAGUAAAUAUUUAUUACUUUCAGAGGAAAAAAAAAAAAU